UGAAGUUUUUGGGGAAUUGGUUUAAAGAGUGAUGGAACUGCCUGCUUUACCAGCGGAAUCCCAUUCACUGCCAAUACUGAUUUCUGCGAGUUCUUCCAUCCGGUUUCCUACAAUCGGCCCUCCAGUUUCUUUAUAACGACUGUUUGUUUAAUAUUUCAUCACCAAGUGUGAAUGCGGCCCUCCUAUUGCCAUUCCUUACUUCCUUCGGCUUCUAAAUCCGGCUUGUUGCACCCUCGAUUCCACCAUCCUAUCCCAACCGGGCUUGAGUAACAGCAAUACCAUGGAGAGCACGACUGGAGUCCCACGAGAAGAAGUUCUGGCAAACAUUGCACCAGAAGAAAACCAGCAGAGCCAUGAUACUUACAGUAAAGAGAUUUCUAUACGGAGCGCGACAACAUGGGACUGGAAAGAAGACAAGCAUAACCCUUACAAUUGGUCGAAACAGAGAAAGAACAUUCAGCUUGUGACUAUGAUGUCCAUAGCCUUCACAUGGUACGUUCGACAGCACCCCGAUAUUCCGAGUGUGUCUUUUCCCUCCCUAUAUUACCCUGAAGUUCGAGUAGUUCUGCAUAAACAAGUUAUCAUUCUUUGCAGUUAUUCGUGCUUGCUUUCUCAUGAACAUGUUACUCUGCAGUUCCUGAUGGGCAGCAUUCGUAUCGUGGUAGCGAGUGAACUAUCUUCCAUUAUAUUAGUUUCACUGGGCAGCAUCUUACUGACUUGGGCGCAGCUCUUUAGGUACAUCAAUUAUCAGUCCAGCACAUCAGCAGUUGAUGCAAGAGUUUUCCGUUUCGAGCACCGUGGCAUUCUUACCCUUAUCACUCUACGUAUUUGCUCUUGGGCUAGGCCCGAUCUUCGGAGGUCCGCUCUCGGAAGUUGCUGGCAGACAAGCUGUAUUCACCAUAGCCGUCUCACUUGGUGGACUCUUCGCUCUUGGCUCUGGUCUGACCCAUAGCUUCGCUGGCUUAUGUAUCAUGAGAUUUCUCUCUGGAUUCUUCUAUGGACCUAGCUUAGCUAUUGGUUCAGGAGUACUACAGGAAACGUAUCUGCCUAUUGAGCGAGGACGCCCUGCAGCUCUGUUCAUACUCAGCCCUUUUCUGGGCCCUG